AUGAGAAUUUAUCUAGCAUCGUGGGCCAGCCUUUCAAAAGCGUCCUUCGUUAGUCGAAGAUCAUUUGAAAGGUAUAACGCGAUGCCAUCGACGGUUUUUCAAUACUUCUACCAGCUACAAUUGAAGGAACUACGACAUGGCUCAAGCUCUUGUGAUAUUGGCAGCUUGUUCAAUAAGAACAGCUCUUUCAGAAGGUAUAAACGUAAGGAGUGGGAGCUCCUUUCCAUGUCCAAGAAAAGGCUGUAUCAUGCAUUGUACUUCCAUUUUACUAAAAUUAACUAUCGGACAUUGAGCCACGAGGAACUUGCCAAAAGAUUGGAAAUUCCCAUUCCUGCAGCAAGCGAAUACUUGUUGUUUAGAAAUCAGUUCAAAUCUAGGUUCGACCAGGUCUGGGAGGAAAGGAAGAGAGAGAAAAGUUCCGCGUGCUUACAAAAAGCUCACUUUCGAACUGGGUCUCUUGGCCUAAUCAGAGUGUCGCGUAGAAUUUCUCGUAACCUUGAUGACGCUGAGGCGGAUCUGACAAGACGAUUUCAAGAUAUGUGUCGCGAAUGCAGGCGGACUUGGAGAGACAUGGUUGACGACGAACAGCGAGCCAAAAUUGCCGACAAACUCGGGGAGGAGCGCAAGAAUUUUGAGGCUAUCAUGAAAAAUGAAAUACAGGUACUUAAUGAGCUACAAGGUCUGUUGACUACUUAUCUUACAAAUUUUGACGCUAUCGCCCACAAAGCAUUGGACUUUGAGAGAAGAGGUGCGUCCAAUUGUCAAGAGCGACUCGAUUUCUUACUAGCGCAAAACGUCAAGGAUUGA